AAGAGAGACUAAGUGAGAAAGAGAGAGCGCUAGAAACAGAGGCGAAUCGCUGCGUGGCGGAAUUUACCAAGGAAUACCUGAUCGAACGAACGAACCACUGGGCGGGCAGUAGAGUGAUAGUGUGCGUACCGAGGCAGCAUUGAGAUCAGCGCAGCGCGGCAGAGACGUCCAGUGCAGUCGAAGAGUUCUAACAAGACAGUUUUAAGGCAUUUUAAUCACCGCUACACACAAGAUACUACAACCUGACCGCUAACAUGCUACACGCCAACGCCAGAAUAGUGCUGUCCGUGACCCUCUUGCACUCAUACUUCCUGUCGUCUGCCGUGCCCUUUCAUAACUCACUGAAAAAGAAAUCCUCCGCGGACAAGUCCGACCUUGACCCUGACCUGGGUCACCUCCCCAGGAACACGGAGGAGGCGGCGCUCGAGUAUUACAAACAGUUCAUGGUCGACGAGGGACAACAUCAGGGCUUCGGUGCAGACGACUACGAGCAUCAGGCGGAGCAUGCGCACGCAGGCGGAAAUAGCGACGACUAUGACAUGGAAGAUCAGUAUCUAUAUCCGGCAUGCAUGUCUAUUGAAUAUUUAACGGAACUGAAGGACCGAUUCAGCAGCCAGAUUGACGGCAACGACGACGGCAAGGCGACGUACGAGGAGAUGUUGCGACACCUGAGAGACUACAACCCCCACGUGACGGCCGAGACGGUGAAAAAGUUCAUCAAGAGGCGAGAUCUCAACGGAAAUGGCGUCAUCGAGUUUGUCCCAGAAUACAUCAGGAAUAUCGUGGUUCCGGAUAACAGCGAGGAAACUGCUCGAGAGUGGUUCGCCCUUGACGACACGAAUGGCGACGGUUACGUGACGCGCGACGAACUCCUGGCCAUCACCAAUCACGUGGGAACUCCCGCGGACCGCGGGGAGCUCAAAGUCGCCAGUUACUACAUGAGCAACGACAAAAACGGAGACGACAAGCUCAGCUGGGAUGAGUACAAGACGAUAUACGGGCAGUAGUGAGUUCGACUCUGGCCUGGUUCCACACCUCUUUGUUCAUCAUCCGUGGGGACGAUUUUCUACAGAAUUUGGAAGACAAGUGAAACCAGGACAAAAACAGACAAUACUUGUUCAUGCACCUUCAUCAUGAUUUAUUUUAUUUCUCACUCUUUCAUUUGCUGUUCUGUAGACCGCUUACCAUGUUCUGUGAAUAAAACUGGGAUACAAGUUA